AGCACGUGACCCUCACGUAUAACUCUCUCUCCGAGUGCCGUUCGGCCAAGAAAUGCAACCCGAUCAGUGAGUGAAAUGGGCGUGUGAGUUCAAUGACGGGUCCUACUUUUCUACAGCCUGUGAUAAAGGAAAAAUCAAACCGGAGUAUGAUGGACAGAUGUACCACCGACAGCGUUAUGUGUGCAAGUGGUGCACUAGACGCAACAUAUUUGUGUUCGUUUUAGCGCCAUGAAGAAAUGGAAUUAUAUCAAUGCCAUAUACAAUAUACUCUAUAGUGAAUAUAUUGUUAUGUGUAACAACACCGAACCACACCAUUAAGUUCUGAUCAAAGAAGAUCUCGCUAAAGUGAGCUGAGAUUUCAUAUUUUUUUGAUGUUCUGAACAACUUUGAAUAUUGUCAAGUUCACACAAUACCGACAGCCUAAACAAUAUAGUAAUUUGGAGCUGAUAACUUUAAACAGUAUGAGAAUUAGAAGAAUUAACGAAAUGUCAGUGAAAUAUAACAUUGAAAAUCAAAAUUUUCAAAGAUAGUUAAAACCUACAAAAAUUUGUAAGAAGAAAUGUGUAUUGCUCAAAUAGAAUUUCAUAUCGCCUUAGCCAUGUUAGUGGUUAAUGAGUGACAUAAUAUUAUUUUCAGAAAUAUUUUCUUAAUUAAUUUUUAUAUAGAUAAUUAAAGAGAAAACAUGUUUUAGAGACGUUAGUGUUUACAGACAGAGUGAUUGAAAUUUGUUGAUAAUGACAGAGUAAGCCAUUAUGAAUAUAACUACAAUUCGAAAAUAACUUGUUCAAAUUCAGAGAAGGCUUUACAUUUGAGGCCUCCUCGAAGAUAUUUUAAGACCCUGGAUCCAAGUGUAACAGUCAUCUUGUGUCAGAUCUCAUAUAAGAUCAGUUGAAUAUAUGCUGCAAAAGUUUCUAUGGGACUUCUACUAAGAAGACAUGUUCGUCCAGAGAGACCUAAAUUAGAGAUGUGGAUUUCUCCAAGUGAAAUUUAUUUGACCUGCACCUGAGAGCUUCAGGAAUCAGUAACUCCGUUACUGUGACGUACUCGGGAGUUCUGCAUUGGUACAAGAGAGCCAACAACUUCAGGUACAGACAGAUGAUCGUCGGGAGCAGCUGGCUGUAUAGAUGUUUGAGGCUGAUUGUCGUGUUGUGUACAACCACCGUAACCCCUUCUACACCCCUAAUUGCACGCUGUUACUAGAGGAAAUAGUUCAGUCAUGUAAUGUCUGUCUUCUUCUUCCGCCUGCACAACCUGCGUCGCGAGGAAGAGAGCAAGAAGCGCAAGAAGGCCAAUAGCGGCAGCAGUACAAGCACCGGCGGAGGGAUGCAGCAGCGACGCAGCAUCAGCUUAGGGCGUCACCGCUACCACAGCGCCCUCACUGUGAAGCCCAGCCGCCUCUUCGAGAGGACGCCGCUCACCCCGUCCGACAGCUUGGAUGAAAUCGCUCUUCAAAUACCCAGGGUCCGCGUGGAGUAUUAUGUCAACGAAAAUACAUUCAAAGAACGACUGCAACUCUAUUUCAUCAAAAAUCAACGUUCCAGUCUUCGUAUCCGCAUUGCCAAUUUGGUGUUCAAGCUACUCACAUGUCUCCUGUACAUUAUUCGGGUGGUCACCGAUCUUGAUCCCACGUACUCCACCUGCUAUGGAUGCUUGCCUGGGAAUAAAUCUGCAUACAUCAUAUCGAGUAAUUUGACAGAAGAAGAAUUCCAAGAGAACCCAAUCAUCAACUGGGAGGCAAUUCUCUGGGUGAACCGCUCCCUGGCGUUAUGGAUCAUACAGGUUAUUCUCGCCGUAAUCAGCCUCACAGAAGCGUUGCUGCUUGCGUACCUGGGCUACAAGGGCAACAUCUGGCAGCAACUUUUGUCUUUCCAUUUUAUACUCGAACUCGUCAACACGAUCCCCUUCACGUUAACGCUAUUGUGGCCUCCAAUGAGAAAUUUAUUUAUUCCUGUAUUCUUAAAUUGCUGGCUCGCAAAGCAUUCACUCGAGAAUAUGUUCAACGAUCUGCACCGCGCAAUGCAGAAAUCCCAGUCAGCAUUAUCUCAACAACUGAUGAUACUAUCAGCUACCUUAUUGUGCCUAGUCUUUACAAGUGUAUGUGGCAUCCAACACUUCCAGCGAGCAGGUCACAGGCAUCUGAACCUGUUCCAGGCCACAUACUACGUGGUCGUGACCUUCUCCACGGUGGGGUAUGGUGACUUUGUACCCGACAUCUGGCCAUCUCAACUAUACAUGGUCAUUAUGAUAUGUGUCGCGUUAAUAGUAUUACCAACACAGUUUGAACAGUUGGCAUUCACGUGGAUGGAACGUCAGAAGCUGGGUGGAUCAUACUCUUCGCACAGGGCACAAUCAGAAAAACAUGUUGUGGUUUGUAGCACCACAUUGCAUGCUGACACCAUCAUGGACUUCCUCAAUGAGUUCUAUGCCCACCCACUGCUACAGGACUACUAUGUGGUGCUUCUCUCUCCUAUGGAGCUUGACACAACAAUGAGGAUGAUACUUCAAGUACCUAUAUGGGCACAAAGAGUUAUCUACAUCCAAGGUUCAUGCCUGAAGGACGCGGACCUUGCAAGAGCACGUAUGAAUGAGGCAGAAGCAUGCUUUGUUCUUGCUGCACGGAACUAUGCUGAUAAGACUGCAGCUGAUGAGCACACUAUCCUAAGGUCAUGGGCUGUGAAGGAUUUUGCACCAAGUGUUCCUCAGUAUGUACAGAUCUUCCAAACAGAAAACAAGCUUCACGUAAAAUUUGCUGAACAUGUAGUGUGUGAGGAUGAAUUCAAGUAUGCACUCCUUGCUAACAAUUGCACCUGUCCAGGGGCAUCAACCCUUGUUACCUUGCUGCUGCAUACAUCACGUGGGCAGGAGGGACAGACAUCACAAGAAGAAUGGCAUCGGCUAUAUGGGAAAUGCUCUGGAAACGAGAUCUACCAUAUUGUUCUUGGAGACAGUCGCUUCUUUGGCGAAUAUGAGGGCAAGAGCUUCACCUAUGCCAGCUUCCAUUCACACAGAAAGUAUGGCGUGGCACUGGUUGGUGUGCGCCCAUCGGAGCUUCCAGAAUUUUAUGAGGACACAAUCCUCCUCAACCCAGGACCACGUCACAUUAUGAAAAAGAGUGACACUUGUUAUUAUAUGAGCAUCUCCAAGGAAGAGAAUUCAGCCUUUAUACUGGGCAACCAGCAAAACAGUCUAUGUCCUGACACAGGUACAACUUCAGCAGAUGAGAAGGAUGGAAGUAAGGAGAAGACUGCCUGCAGUGGCAGCCAGCCACAGAACACCAAACCUGACGGUAUCAACCUCAAAGUCCACGUUGCUCUCUCUUUGUGUCCAACUACAUCUGUGGAGUCUGGUGGCUAUGGUGACUCUCGUCAGUGCCUCAAAGAGAGCUCGCCAGGGUUGUUUGCACCAGAUGUGGCAAUCACGGGAAACCAUCUUGACGUGCCAAGACCAGGUGACAAUCCAAACCUGUUGAGUCCCGAAAUUCUCAACCAAAGGAGAGGUAGCCGCCGCCCCAGCAUUCUUCCAGUUCCAGACAUGUUCACUAGUUCGACCCUGAACAUUGCUUCUGAGCAGCAGGAUGAAGGAGAUGAGAGUGAUGAUGAAAUGGAUGAUGAUGUACCAUGGCGAUCUCCCAGUGAGAAGAUUGCAUCUGACGUUACAGAGGGACAAACUGAAGAAUGUGCUAACAGCACAUGGCACAAUGAGUAUGGACGAAUUGUGAAGGGCUUUCCUCCUGUGUCUCCUUACAUUGGUGUAAGUCCAACUCUGUGUUACCUGCUCAAAGAGAAGAAAUCACUCUGUUGCCUUCAGCUAGCUCAAGUAUGUGAACAUUGCAGUUACAGGAAUGCCAAGGAAUAUAACUGGCAAAAUAAAACUAUCAUCCUAGCUGCUGAUUAUGCAUCCAAUGGUAUUUACAACUUCAUCAUCCCACUAAGGGCACACUUUCGCUCCAAAACAUCGCUCAACCCGAUCAUUCUUCUACUUGAACGUCGUCCAGACAUUGCCUUCCUAGACGCCAUUUCCUACUUUCCACUGAUAUACUGGAUGCUUGGAUCUAUAGACUGCCUUGAUGACUUACUACGAGCAGGAAUAACUCUGGCAGAGAAUGUGGUCGUGGUGAAUAAGGAGAUGUCGAACUCUGCUGAGGAAGACACGUUGGCUGACUGUAACACCAUCGUUGCUGUACAAACCAUGUUCAAGUUCUUCCCCAGCAUAAAGAGCAUCACAGAAUUGUCACAGUCAUCUAACAUGAGGUUCAUGCAGUUUCGAGCCCACGACAAAUACGCCCUUCAUCUCUCCAAAAUGGAAAAGCGUGAGAAAGAACGAGGGUCACACAUCUCAUACAUGUUCCGAUUACCAUUUGCUGCUGGCAGUGUUUUCAGUGCAAGUAUGCUGGACACUUUGUUAUACCAAGCAUUUGUUAAGGAUUAUGUCAUCACAUUCGUGCGUCUUCUUCUCGGCAUCGAUCAAGCUCCAGGAUCCGGAUUCCUAACAUCGAUGAAGAUAAUGAAAGAUGACAUGUGGAUCAGAACCUAUGGGCGUUUGUACCAGAAGCUGUGUUCCACAACCUGUGAAAUUCCAAUUGGAAUUUACAGGACGCAGGAUACAUCUCUGUCUGACUCAUCACACUACUCAAUCAACAUGGGAGACGAAGCUCGAGACAAUCAUACACAAAUGAUUGAGAGGGCCGAAAUUGCAAAUCUGGUUCGUUCGCGAAUGGAGAGCCUUAAUCUUCCCAGCAUUGAUUAUGAUGAUGUCAGUGAGAAGAGGAACAGCUUGUCCUAUGUAAUCAUCAACCCCAGUUGUGAUCUGAAGCUGGAAGAGGGUGACAUAAUCUAUCUGGUUCGGCCCAGUCCAUUCUCUGCCCAAAAGACUUUCGAGCGCCACAACAGUCGACGUAAGUCUAACAUCAGUUUCUGCUCGCAGCAGCUUGUGCAGCAGAUGGCUGCAAGUUCUCAGGCUGGUAGCCGGAGGGGGUCAGGUCUGGGUCUCUCUGGCUACACAGCCCCUCGUCCACCUCCACUUGUCACAACCAAAGCCAACUCUCUGUCACUUCCAGACAGCCCAACUGUAGUAGGCGGCAGCCCUGGGUACAGAGGGCGUUCAAACUCCCUUCGUGUUGUGGAUGAUAUCCUUUUGCGCCGUUCCAAUUCCCUGAGGCAAGGACUCGCAUCAGUUGGAAGCGGAAGGAGAAAAAGUAGUUUGGAAGAUUUGGGAGUUGCUUUUGCAGGUGUUUCCCACCCAGCAAACCACAAUCCCAUCAAGAUUGCUCUGAAUGGCAGCAUCGGACUUGAAGUAACACCACCAGAUGAAGGCAGUACGCCCAGUGUAUCGAGUAGCUGUGGCCUGCUGAACAGUGGACCAUCAGGCCUUAGAGUUGAGGUUGGGGUUGACACAAGUGCAAAUGGUGGUGCCUCUGGUGGAGGUCUUGGUAGCGGAGUUGCAGCCUCUGGAGGAUCAGAUGCAUGUAGUGCAGGUUUGGAUAUAUCUGGUUUAGGGAGUUGUAAUGGGGAUAACUGCCUCAGUACAGGACAGGUGUCAACCAUAGCACAAGGCACCGUGACGGACCCUCAGCAUCUUCAGGGCACUCUUGUAUGAUAUCACCUCAUGUGGGGGAGGAGACUCAGUAGCGUGGUUCGCAACAAGUGGCUGUGAACCAAGCUCCUCACUUCCACAUCACUUUUCUUUCAGUGCACAAAACAGCUGCACCAAAUUGCACAUUGGCCUUAUUGACUUUUUGAAGAUCAUCAAAAUAAUUUGAUUAUCACUUUGGAAUCACAUUUCAGAUUGCAACUUGGCAGGGAAAUACAUGUUUCUAGCAAACUGGGGAAAUUAUGAGAAUUUGAGAUGGGAAUAGUUGUUUAAGAAUAUUUUAUCUUAUGGGAACAAUUCUUCAAAAUAACAUAGGAGAUAGCUGUUGAAAACUUGCAAAUUUAUUAAUUAAUAGCCCCUUUUAUUAGAAAGAAUCAAAACAGUGAAAAUGUAUUGCAAUUAUUGAACAAAUGAAGGAAAAUUGAGGUAUAAUAGAAGUACUCAUGAAAUGAACAGGACAAAGAAUAAGUAUAUACAUUCAUUGUACAUUGGACUGUAAUAUAAUGAACUGUAUAUUGAUAUUUAUUUUAUCCAUUGUGUAUAUGUAUGCCAUACUUUUGCUUACCUUCCACUGUGAGAGUGUGACUGUGACAUGAGAAUAUCGUGACAUCUUGGUGUGAGGUUAUGUACACCUCAACAGCAAUUUAAGCCCAUUCAUUUUAUUGUAUAUUCUGUUUGAGACCUGAUCUCUGAGAGCUAAGUAAAAUGUUAGUUUUUAUUGGUCUGGAAUUAAAGAUGAAUGGGAAUUUUGGUAAGAAUGGACAAUGAGGUGCAAGUAAAGAUGCAAAUUAAAUACAACUACCCAUUAUAGAUACAGAUGCUGAUCUAUAUAACGGACUUAAAAAAAAAAUACAACUUUGUCCUAAUGCACUCAACGAAUUUAGUCUGAUUUCAAUGAGUAGCACUCAUUUUAGUGCAAAUUGCUUGCUGGCUGGCCAGUCAAGAGAGGUAGGAAGGAAGAGGAGUAGAUUAUUGUGCAGGUGGCAGAAGAGGACUUUAUGGGAAGAAGGAAGAUAUUAUGUUCUGUUUAUAUGACUUGACCUCCUGCAGUUUUUUUACACAACUCACAAAAUUCAAGGAACACCUGUACUUAAAUUCUGAUAAUUAUGUCGUGAUUUUCUUCUUCUUCUUCUUCUUCUUCUUAUUAUUAUUAUUAUUA